ACACAGCUCACCUCAUCUCUCCGCCAUUUCCUGCAAUUCCUUUCUCGAUCCCGCAUCCUCACGUCAGUUCGUGCAGUCCUCGCCUUAGUCUUAGCCUUAGCCGAUGCGGAGUAGCAGCGGAGGCUUCAAACAGACUAACUUAACCAAAGUCCACUUUUAGUUCGAACUACGAUACAUUCCGCUCCAGGUUCUUCCAGGUUCGUCCCGCUCGGCGCCUUUGUCCGAAAGCAUUCGUCUACUUGAAAUGGACAGAUCGCGAGUGUACAGAUUACGCGCUUUAGUGGCGGCUAUUAUACUGGCGCAGGCUAUCCUCGUUACAGGGAUCCACGCGGACGAAUCGGGAUUCACGGCGGCAGACUCCGCCGAUGGCGCGGAACCGUACGACGCGGAAGCGGCUUACGCGACCAUGGCGGCGAGACUGCGAGAGAAGGGAUUGACUCUGUUCGUCUCCAACAUGGAACGAUCUCUGUUCAACACUACACUAUCCUUCCUCUUAUCGCGUAUGCGGCUAACGCUUCUCGCGCCCAUCAAUAGCGCGUUCACCUCACUUCCCCCCGUCACCCGCCGGUACCUCACGCAUCGCGCGAGCGUCAUGCACCGCGUGCUCGCCUUCCACAUGCUCGGCCGGAAGAUCUCAGCCGCCCAACUAGCGGGAAUGCCGGCAGGCUCCUUGUUUACAACAGGUUUCGAGGAGAUGGAGUUGGAAAGAGUGGAAGGGGAGGGGAUUGUGUUGGGUAAGCCAACAUUGGGGGCACAGGGGAGUGUGAGGGUGGUGCUACCAGACCUAUACUCGGAUGCUCAGAUGGUAGUGCACGGCGUGGAUGGGGUCAUGGUGCCAGAUAUUCUGCUGGACCUCCAAUAAUAGCCCAAUAAAGGGAAGGUGAUAGAGCCAUAACCGGCUGAAGCAUACAGAGGGCUGCCAGAAUUAGCAGCACUUCCGUGUGCAUGUGAAGAGCGUGUGAUAACCGGCCCCCUUGUAUCACCACAUUGUAAAAUCCAUGGCUUGGGGUUUUGAAGUGAUUUAUUCAAGUCGUUGGAAGUGUAGAAAAGG